AUGUGGCGCCAAUCGUACGCUGAUGGCUACUUCAAACGGUUGCCGUGGCUACGUGUGGGUGUUUCUGACCGCGACACCUUUGGCACAGCAACAAGCCGACUCGACCGGUUGACGCCAGUGUCCGUCGCACCACCAGGUCGUCGGGCGCGCCGGCAACGGGAGGCUGCGAUGAGCCGCGAAGCGAGCUCCCAGGUCGCCAUGCCGGACGCGUUGGCCUGUUGGCAACCGAGGCAGAAUGGAAAAAAGAAUAUCUUCCGCCGCCUGGCGGUCGUCUGGAGGGAAGAGGCGCUCGGAGCGAAUCGGCGAGCGGACGUCUGUCGCGUUUCUGGACAAGCUGACAAACGUGCUGGCCGAGGAGGCGUUUUCUUUAGUCGCCCUUUCUCGAGGACACUUCAAGUUGACGGCGGCAACGGCGCCUGA